AUGCCUCGUGCGUCCGGCUCGGGCAAGCGACAACAAGGCGCCAACUCUUCCCAUCGCGACUCCAGGCACGACCAUGGACUCGUGAGUCCUGCGAAGCGAACACUAGGCAGGAAAAGUAAUGGCCAGCUCGACGGCUCUGCGAGGUCCGCCGACCAUCUUGCCGGCCACGCAGGGCCGUCGCCUUCUCCUUCUCUCGUCCCGCCGCAUUGCCAAUCCACCAAUGCGGCGGCCCUCUGCAAGGACGGUCCCGACGCAGCCAUCGAAGUCCGCUGUAAUGGGGCUCUUAGGAGAGCAUCUCUCGGCAACUAUUCGGAGACCUCGUCUGAUUCCGGACACUCCCAGCUCGGCGUCAACGGAGCCGUCGUUGAUGCCGGUCAUCGCCAGAUCGACGUCAACGCCAUGAAGAAUGUCGACGUUCACCGGGAUUCCGGCCCUCUCGAAUUCGCCGCCACCGUCGUCAAGUCUUUGCCCAUGCAGGAUACGCUCGCCAUCCUCAUCAUCUUGAUGCACGUUCCGUACAUGACUCUCUCCCUGAUCUACGCUAGUUUCGCCUUGAUCACCUUUGUCCCCCCCGUCACCACCAAAACGGGCAUGAAUAUCAACCUGGCUGAGAUACUCGACGGCAAUGCUCACACGCCCUCUCUCGUCACCAUUCUUUGCAUGGACUUUUUCUUCUUCCUCGUGUGGGUCUUCCUGUGGCAACCCAUACAGGACGGGAUACUUGAGUUUGCAAAACCCGUCAUCGCCAUCACGCUGGGAGGCGGCACAAAUGCCCGGGACGGCACGUCGCGGGGAGUCACAACUUGCUUUACCUGGAUCCUGCUUCAUCAAGCCAUUCGCGCCACCAGGUCAUACUGGGCCAAGCUUACCAGGCAUAUCCCAGGCCAUUGGCCGGUGCCUGCCCUGCUCAGCGAAUCUCUGGCAGCCAGAGCCACAUCAUACGAGAGGAGAAGCACCCAUGGAUGGAUCCAGAGCACGCUCGCGAUGCACAUACUGACGCAAGGCAUCGUACGAUUCGUGCGCGAGUGGUAUCUCAAACGCGAAAAGUUCAUCUCCGCUUCUGGCGUGGGUGAUCCUGAAGCGGGGAAGCCCACUUCUCACGGCGGCUCCUUUGGACAGAAUGGUGGAGUGAGUACAUCUCACCUGGUCAGCUCGGGUCACGACGCCGGCUCGAAUGCGGCAGAAACGGACGCCGGAACAUGCCAUCCCUCACAGGCCACGACAACGGCAAGCACGAACAAGAAGCGGCGGAAGCAGAGCGCGCAGGUGCGACUUCAACAACCGUUGUGGGCCGCGCUUGCGAGCAGCAAGAUCGUAGCUGUGAAAGAGUAUGAAUUAUCCAAAUGGGCUCCGGAUUCGCGCGGAUCCAACGCGCCCGACAUACACAACCUGGGAAGCGCUCCGUUCCAUCACCAGCCCAGACAAAUAUGGAUAUCGUACGUUGGUAGCGACGAAGUAUGCUUCAACACCAGUUAUUUCCCCGACUUUGUGGCAACCGAGCCGGUACGGGCAUCGACGAACCUAAACGGACACGCAGACGCUUUGCGGCGGCCGGGAGUCGACACGUCGAAGCCUUUCUACGUAAGAAUAAACAACGCCUUCUGGCAACCGACCCGGAUUUUUGCAGUGCACGGUACGGCCGAAGACGACGACGACGACGACGACGACGACGACGACGACGACGACGACGACGACGGCGAUGACGAAGUGACUCGGUGGACGGGGGAUAUAUAUGGACUUCGACCUGCCUCCACAUACGUUUGUGAAUUUGUCGACACUCGGACCGGAGAAGUCAUAUUGUCCACGACCAUACGAACCGCCAAGGAGACGCUGCGCGAGAGCGAUGCGCUGUCUCCGAGUUUCCCACCGGACCACCCUCCUCUCCGGCCGGAUUCGCCGGCAACGAUUCUGCGAAACUCGAUCGCGGCAGAGGAGGCGAGACUCGCAGACGAGAGGUUGCGUCUCAAGACUUGGCGCAAGGAAUCCAAAACCAAGAUCAACGCCAUCAAGAAGGAGAAUGAGCUUGUCGACAACCAGCUCUCCUCUGCAGGCAACAGCGACGAAAAGCACAAGCAAAGGAUCCGUCAGCACGAAACUCAAAAGGUCCAGGCUGAACGCGACACCGAGCUUUUGGGACAGCAGCUCGGCAAAUGCGACAACGCGCCGGAGCUCAGCGAGCGCAAACGGAAGCUGGAGAAGAUGUACGCUGCCGAAAAAAAGGUGUUUGAAGCCGCCGAGAAGCAGUUUGAGGAUUACAAGUGCCAGCUCGACACCGAGGUCAACGCCAAGGAAUUGGACAAGUUCAACCUGAACUCGCGGCGGAACAAGAUCGGCUCCAGAAUCGACAAGGUUGAGAAGGAGCUGCGCAACAUUGCAGACGCCAACACGCGGGGCCUGGACGAGGCCGAGCGACGUCGACAGGAACGAGCAGCCUGGCUGGAAAACAAUGGCGCGAUAGAGAGCAACUACAACGAUCGCAUUUCCCUGGCUUCCCGUGCCAACGCAACCCGGACCGAGCAUAUACAAAACAUGCACGCCCAGCUGCAAGCCUUGAGCCCCUUUGCGAAUCCGACCAACGGCAUGUCGCUGGACGCUGCGGCCGGAGACGCGGGGCUGCUGCCGCCGCCGCAGCCGCAGCCGCAGCCGCAGCCGCAGCCCCCGGCCUACCGGCAACAGCCGUCGGCCUGGAAUCCUUCCUCGAACCCCGCCGUUCUCUCUCGCUAUCCCGCGCCCCUGUGGGCUGGCUCUUCGGGCGAUGCCAUGCCGCCAGUCGCGGCGCCGACGACUCAGGCUGGGUUGACCUGGCUCCCGCCUCCGACAGCUGCCCCGUUUGAGCCUCGCGGAGUCAAGUCCAGGGGCCGCAGCUCCAGCAUGCUUAGCGACGUCAGCGGCUUCACGGAGCCAAGCGACGUAGGAUCGUUCAAGUCCCCGAUGCCUGCCCCUCAGCGGCCUGCUACCGGGUGCUCGGCGGGCAACGGCACGAGCGGUGGUAGCAGCGGCAGCACCAGGAGCGGCAGCGUCGGUGAGCCAGCGAGCCCGAGCUGA